AUGGAAGACCAAAUUUCAAAAAUUUCUGAUGCUGCUAAUCGAAUGCGUAUUUCUUCAAUUGAACAAACUGCUAAAGCAAAUUCUGGCCAUCCAACAAGUAGUUGUAGUGCUGCUGAAAUUGUUGCUACACUUUUCUUUUCUGAAAUGCGUUAUUCGGUUAAGGAACCUAAACAUGCUUCUGCUGAUCGUUUUGUUUUGUCUAAGGGACAUGCCUGUCCGAUUCUCUACGCUGCUUGGGAAGAAGCAGGCCUGUUAACUCGAGAACAAGUUUUGACUCUUCGCAAAUUAACUUCAGAUAUUGAGGGACAUCCAACUCCGAGACUUUCAUUUAUUGAUGUUGCUACAGGCUCUCUUGGACAAGGACUUUCUUGUGCUGCUGGAAUGGCUUAUACUGGAAAAUAUAUUGACAACGCUUCAUAUCGAGUCUAUUGCCUUUUGGGGGAUAGUGAAAGUGCAGAAGGAUCUGUUUGGGAAGCUGCAGCCUUCGCAAGUUAUUACAAAUUGGAUAAUCUCGUUACAAUUGUUGAUGUUAACCGACUUGGACAAUCUCGAGAAACUAUGCUUGGCCAUGAUUUGUUUACUUAUGCUAAGCGUUUUGAAGCUUUUGGUUUUAAUAGUAUUAUUGUUGAUGGACACGAUGUUGCUGAUUUAUUGAAAGGUUUUGAUGAAGCAAGAAAAGUAACAGGCCAACCAACAGCAAUUAUUGCACGUACAUUAAAAGGAAAAGGAAUUGAAGGAGUUGAAGAUAAAGAUAAUUGUCAUGGAAAACCAGUAACUUUGGAUAAAGCAGAAAUUAUUGCUUCAAAAUUGGGAAAUAAAACAACAAAAAAUUCGUGGGAAUUGGAAAAUUUAAUUGAUGAUGCUCCUGAAGUUGAUUUUGAAAUUGGAAAAAUUAAAAUGAGUUCGCCGCCAAAUUAUCAAAUUGGGGAGAAGGUAGCUACUCGUUUAGCUUAUGGAAAUGCUCUUGUUAAAUUGGCUGAUACAAGCAAAAGGAUUAUUGCUUUGGAUGGUGACGUGUCAAACUCCACCUUUUCUGAUAAAGUUCUCAAUAAAUACCCUCAACAAUUUGUCCAAUGCUUCAUUGCUGAACAAAACAUGGUUGGCGUUGCUGUAGGGAUGUCUUGUCGUGGACGAACUAUUCCACAUGCUAGUACCUUUGCUGUUUUCUUUACUCGUGCUGCUGACCAAAUUCGAAUGGGGGCAAUAUCCUUUGCCAAUGUUAAAUUUGCUGGUUCACAUGCUGGUGUCUCUAUUGGAGAGGAUGGGCCAAGCCAAAUGGGACUUGAAGACCUCGCACUUUUCCGAGCAGUUCCUAAUAGCAUCGUUCUUUAUCCGACUGAUGCGGUUUCUACAGAAUAUGCAACUGAAUUGGCUGCUAAUUAUAAAGGAAUUACUUUUACGCGUACUGGACGUCCUAACACUCCGGUUAUUUAUCAAAAUGAUGAGAAAUUUGAGAUUGGAAAAUGCAAGGUCAUCCGCCAAACAAAUGAAGACAAAUAUUUAUUGGUAGGCGCGGGUGUAACACUCUACGAGUGUAUUAAAGCUCAUGAUAUUUUGAGUUCUGAAGGUAUUCAAGUUGCUGUUAUUGACAUUUUCUCUGUCAAGCCUUUGGACAACCAAACACUUAUUGAGCAAGCUAAACGUGUUGGAGGGAAAGUUUUGACAGUAGAGGAUCAUUAUCAGACUGGAGGUAUUGGUGAAGCCGUAGCUUUGGCGUUAGGUGACGUUCCUAAUGUUUGUGUUCGCAGUCUUUGUGUUAAAGAUAUGCCUUUUGGAAUAAUAUCUGGAAGAUCGUUUAUAUAAAUGAUAAAUAAUAAUGGUCCAAGGACAGAGCCUUGUGGUACACCCAAAGGUGCACUGUAAUAAGAUGAAAAACUAUCAUUGAUUUUUACACGGUAUUUUCUAUUUGUUAAAAAUUCUUUAAUCCAAUUGUAUAUUUUACCCCUAACGCCAAUUUUAUAGAGUUUAUAUAAAAGUAAGUCAUGUGGGAUAGAAUCAAAAGCUUUUCUGAG